GCUGAUUGUUUUCAUUUUUUAUCAGCGAAAAAUUCAAAAUUGAUAAAAAAUGUGAAUGUGAAAUGGAAUUUUCCAAUUUUCCUUUUCCAUUUCCUCGGUGUUCUCAAGUUCUUGUCGCUUUUUUAAAUUAAUUGUAUGAUGGUAUAUAAAGCGUUUGACCAAUUAGGGGUAAAACUAUCCGAACCAAUUCUUCAAACGUUGAAAGAGUUGAAUUUUCAACACGCUACUCCUAUUCAAGCGGAAUGUAUUCCUUAUCUACUGAAAAACAAAGACGUUGCUGCCGAAGCUGUGACAGGCAGUGGAAAAACUUUAGCCUUCGUGAUACCUUUACUUGAACUUAUUUUGAAACGAAGCGAAUCUUUGAAGAAACGAGAUGUCGCAGGUCUAAUCAUCUCUCCUACUCGAGAAUUAGCUACUCAAACGCACGAAGUAUUAUCUCAUUUUUUAGCCAAUACUAAAAAAAUCACUUCUAUAUUAAUCGUUGGUGGAAAUCCUAUCACUGAUGAUGUGGAAAAAUUACGCAAUCAAGGAGCGCAUAUAAUAACAGCUACUCCUGGUAGGCUGGAAGAACUGCUUACCAAAAAUUUCCCCGAAAUAAAUUUGCAUAAAUCUUUAAAAGAAAUAGAACUUUUAGUCCUCGAUGAAGCUGAUAAAUUGCUCGAUUUGGGAUUUGAGAAAUCUCUUAAUACAAUUCUGCAGUAUUUACCAUCUCAGAGGAGAACCGGAUUAUUUUCAGCCACACAAACCAAACAGUUAGUUUCUCUUGUAAAGGCAGGUCUUCGGAAUCCUGUACUGAUCGAAGUUAAAGAGAAAAAAAUGAAAAUGCCUGAUAGUUCUAAAAUGGAAGACGCCUCUACACCCAGCUCCUUACAGAAUUAUUACAUGAUGUGCGAGCCGGAUCGAAAGCUCACAAUGCUAGUGAAUUUCAUCACGAAAAAGGGCAGUAAUUUGAAGUACAUGUUGUUCUUGUCAUCUUGCGCCUGCGUUGAUUAUUUUCUAACCAUUCUUCGAACAUUACUACCCGAUGUAGAGUUAUUUGCAUUACAUGGUAAAAUGAAAGACCGAAGGUAUAAAAUAUUUGAGAAGUUCAAAAACGCUGAUUCAGGUGUUUUAUUAUGUACUGAUGUCAUGGCUCGAGGUGUAGAUAUCCCGGAGGUUCAUUGGGUUAUCCAAUACGAUCCUCCUAGUUCCGCUACAUCUUUUGUACACAGAUGUGGACGUACUGCUCGAAUUGGUAAGACUGGAAAUGCGCUAGUGAUGUUGAUGCCGAAUGAAGACGCUUAUGUGAACUUCAUCCUACGUAAUCAAAAGGUUUUAUUAAAGGAAUUACCGGCUAUAAAAUCAAGUAAUUUUCAAAAUACCGUUGACCGUGUUCGUCAAUUACAGCUUAACGAUAGGCAAAUCUUCGAUAAAGCGAAUCGAGCUUUUGUAUCAUAUAUUCAGUCAUAUUCUAAGCACGAAUGUAAUCUCAUACUAAGAGUUAAAGAUUUGGAUAUUUGCAAAUUAGCGCUUGGAUUUGCUUUGCUCAAGUUACCAAGAAUGCCCGAACUCAAAAAUAAAAAUACCUCCGAGUUUAUUCCCGUUGAUGUGGAUUUCAAUACCAUUAAAUAUCAAAACAAGGAAAGAGAAAAGAAACGCGAAGAAAACCUAAAACAAUACCAAGAAACCGGAAUCUGGCCAGGGGCAAAAUCGAAACCGAAACGCCAAAAACAAACCGUCGCAUGGGCUGAGGCAAAACAGAAAAAAUUAGAUCGCAAAGAAAGAAGGCGUCGAAGAAAAGAAAUUAAAAAUGAAAAAAUAGCUCAGGGUAAAGUCAAAAAGAAGAAACGUAAAAACGAAUUAACUGAAACUGAAAUGGAAGAAUUAAUGAAGGAUGUUGCUUUGCUCAAGAAACACAAAAAAAGAAAAAUAGACGAUGAUGAAUUCAAUUCAGCGUUUGGAGUUGAUAGUGAAUGAAGACUUGAGGCAAGACUUUAAUAUCAGAAUUUAAGCAAACUGGCUCCUCUCUGAUAAGUUAUAACUUGUGUGAAAUGUUUCUUAACAAACGAAAUUGUGAUAACUUGAAAUAAAUACGUCUUUUUUUUUACUUUUA